AGUAGUAACACACCGAGCUGCUGAGAGGAGACGCUGAAGAAGGGGGAGAGACGAAACUGUCCUUAUGAGCCAAAGGAGUGCGAGUAGAUCCAGCUGAAGAAUAGAAAUAGGAAAGCAACUAGUCGUCUGUUCAGGUUGCUGGCACCUGUAAACCUUUUUUCCCCCCUCGCCGUCCCUGAUAUGACUCUUUUCAAGAGUGAACAUUGCAGCCCACAGUACAUGAGCAUGACCGGAGAGCUGAAAUCAAGCCGUUCGAAGACAGGAGGAGUCAAGAGGCUGAGCAGUGCUGUGUACGGAUCAGAGUACGAGCUGGACUACGACUGCUACCAGGAGGAACUGUAUGACAGGGUGUUUGAUUACCAGCGUGUCCCGUCGGCGAUGCCUGCGCUGCCCCACAGUUCCAGCCUGGCCAAGAAAGCACGCUCGUCUUCUUCCAGGCAGAGACGCAGCCGAGACCGCUCGUCCUCCAAGAGCUCCUCCAGACCCCACUCAUCCAGCAGAGCCAAGUUGAAAAUGGAGGAGCUGCAGACCAUAAAGAGAGAGUUGACGAUGAUAAAGGUUCAGAUUGAUGGCCUGCUUGACAGUCUGGACAGGAUGGACAGACAAAGGCAGGAGCACACAGGUUCUCCAUUUUCUCAUGGUGGAAGCUCAGGCGGUUCACCGUACCACCCAUCAACCAGCAGUCGAGAGGGAUCUCCCAGAACCCCCAGCCCACGCCGCUGUGCCCGGAGAGACACUCCUGAGCUGGGAGAGGCCAGCGACGACGAGCUGCACAUGAUAAAUGACCACAACUCUGACAUGGAGGACGAAAUGUAAAGAGGCACAACUCAGACUGGUCUGCUGAGUGAUGUAGCGAGACAGAAGAGCCUCGCAUGCAGAAGAAGAGCCCACCUCUGUCUCCAUGCCGACAGCUCACGACACAGCACAUGCAGCAUAUACUGUAUAAAUAAUCUUGGGUCUCAUCAGUAAAGUUGGAAGUUGUGAGAUUUACAUUUAGUUUGUUCUUUAUAGCACGUACGUGUAUUGGCUGUCGAUCCUGUUUGUAGUGUCAGGUGUCAUUACAGGUUCUCCCGUUCUCCUUACGACUCCUAGAACUUUAUUAAAUUGUAUUGCGUGUCAUUUCAAUGUUGUUGCUUUUUUUUAUUCUAGGAAUUUUAAAAGGUCUUUAUAAUUCUUCUGGCCAUUACUGCAUAUCCUGAUAAAUCAGCUUUUCAGCUAAAUGUUAAGCCUUUAUGUAAUGUCUCUACCACCUGCUUAAUGUGUGCAGGUUUAAUAUUUCUCAUUCUCAUGUUUAAUAAAUAAAUGUAUCUUAGUGGUGCAAUUGUAAUGCAGUCGGAAAGGCAAACGGGAUUUCAGUUUAAAGUAUUUUAUUAGUAUUCCGUGGGAUGGACGAUACAGGCGGAUCACGUGACAAUGUGAACGGAAGGCAGCGAGCCACUGAUUCAAUAGCACCCCUAGUGAUGGAGGGAGAAUAGUGUAAAAGUGGAACAUGGUUCGGGUUGACUGCCGUGACAAGGCAACGAUUUAGAGCCACAUUUAAGAGGCUACAAUAUUCCUGUCUUCUCUAGCUCUUCAUGCCGGGUUGCCAGGUCGGUGUGACAAAAAUAAGCCGACCUAAAAAGAGCCCGAUAUCAUAAAACUCAAAAUCUACACUUCCCAAGCCUUGGACACUGCUCCAAGAUCAUGAUGAUGUUUAAAUAUGCGUUUAACAAAGAGGUAUUAAAACUGUUUCCCUAAUCCGCGGUCUCCUUAUUUACUAUUAGAUACGGUCAUAAAGCUACAGAAUAUAAUAUAAUAUCAUAAUACAUAAGAGCAUAAUAACACAUCAUGCAGUAAUGUAGCUCUGCAGCUCUCAGAGUUUAUUUAGCUUUUUUUUUUUUUAUUAAAUAGUGUUUAAUAACGUACAAUUUUUAAACUCCUAGCAGAUUUUCUGGUUCUUUUAGAUUUUCUCUCUUUCUUCCUUUCUCCUUCCUUCCUUCCUUCUCCCUACUUCCCUGCUUUCUUUCUUUCUUCCUUCCUUCCUCCUUCCUUCAUUCAUUCACUCUACUUCCCUGAAUUCCUUUUGUCCUUCCUUCUUUCCUUCCUUCCUUCUCCCUACUUCCCUGCUUUCUUUCUUUCUUCCUUCCUUCCUCCUUCCUUCCUUCCUUCUCCCUACUUCCCUGCUUUCUUUCUUUCUUUCUUUCUUUCUUUCUCCACUCUUUCUGAUUUGCCCACUUCCUUCCUUCCUUCCUUCCUUCCUUCCUUCUUUUUUUCUUUCUUUCUUUCUUUCUUCCUUCCUUUCUCAUUCCUUCCUUCAUUCUUCCUACUUCCCUGCUUCUGUCUUUCUUUCUUUGUUUCCCCUUCCUUCCUUCAUUCUCUCUCCUUUCCUGAAUCCUUUUUGUCCUUCUUUCUUUCCUUCUCCUUACUGCCCUGCUUUCUUUCUUUCUUUCUUCCUUUCUUUAUUUCUCCACCGUUUCUUUCUUGUCCCCUUCCUUCCUCCUCCCUUCUUUCUUUCUUUCUUUCUCUGUCCUCCUUGCCCUUGUAGUUUGAGACCUGCUGAUGUAGCUAACAGAACUAGCCCUGAUAAAGGGAUUAGGAGGGAAUAUGACUGCAGACCCCUCACCUGGCAGCUGCAGCAUAUUUUAGUUUAUUGAUAAUGAAUUGCAAUGUAGCUAAAACCCUAAACCUGCAGACAAAAAAAAAAAUCAACCCAAAAGUAACUGCAUUCUGCAAAGCAGCCAAAGACUUCGGUUAAAUAUCACGAGUUACAGCCUGGAGAGCCUGCUCUUCUUCUGUCAGCUCUGGUUAUAGUGUUAGGAUUAUAAAAAGAAAAAGAAAAGAAAAAGGAUAUAUUAUUAUUGCUCAUUACACCAGGAUCCUUUGUGUCUUCUGUGUCAGCUUGCGUGACAGUUGGGUGCAAAGGUUUGGGUUAAAAAAAAAGGAAAAUGUCUUACAGUUGAGCUACACAGCACAGAAGAAUUCCAACAAGUUCAAACUUUUACGUGAGUGAAUAAAACACAAGGCAAAAUCAGUCAGGAAUAUUCUGCAAGCAGGCUUUAUUUUGCUGUAGGUUCAAUUAUUCAUUUUAUUCUGAAGAUGUGCAAACUUUUGCACUCAGCUGUAUCACAUCUGUGAUUUUACAUUUUGGAUAUUAUUAAUAGUUAUUUAAUCUGAAUCUGGGGGGGAGGGGGGAACUGGCCACAUGAACAUGAAUUUCUUUCCUUCUUGCUUUCAUUCUUUCUUUCUUUCUUUCUUUCUUUCUUUCUUUCUUUCUUUCUUCUGUCCUUCCUUCCUUCCCUCUCCCUAAUUCCCUGUUUUUCUUUCUUUCUUUCUUUCUUUCUUUCUUUCUUUCUUUCUUUCUUUCUUUCUUCUGUCCUUCCUUCCUUCCCUCUCCCUAAUUCCCU